CCAGAGACGCCGUCGAAUACGUUCGAUAUUGAAGCACAACAGAAGGCAUUUCAACGAUUUACUUCAAGUCUUGGCCUUGGAGGAUUUCGUUCCGCCUUCAACAUGAACGUCCUACCACCGUUUUUGGCCGCACUGCAACAGAAUCCGUUGGCGUUACAGCAACAAUUACUUGGUUUGUCCAAUGGAUUGAGCGGCGUAUCACCGGGACCGGAUGAAGAGGACGAGAUGGAGAAUAGUGCCACCACCGAACCGGAAGACCUGACGAUGAGGUAA